AUGCCCGAUGUGGCGGCCUUGCUGGCGCUGGGUCAAGGACCACGACAAAGGCCACAACAAAAGUGGACAAUCAUUGUCCACAGGCGAACACCUUUGAUGCCAAGGUGGUGGCUGAUGCACCUUUGCUGGAACAAGCUGAACAACUAUUUGGUCCGAAACUUCAGCUCCGUUGGAGGGGGUUUGGUGAAGGAGCGGAGAAACUCCCCGUGGGCUCUUGUGCAGAUUGAUGAUGCAGUCAUUCGCAAAAUAGCUGAUCCGGGCCGAAAUAGCUCGUGCGAGUUGGGCGUGUCAAAGCUGCAGCUACUGUCAUGA